AUGUUGGAUAUCAAUAUCUUCAGUGCCGAGAAAGGCUUCGAUUCCACGUGCAUCCGUGAGUCUCAGUACUGCCGCUUCACAAGCGUCAAGGUCAUCGAUGAGAUCAUUAGCUUUGCCAAAGAAUGGCAGCAACGUAUGCAUCCCAGACUUCCUCUCUUCUUAGCUCUAUGGCUAACUCUUCUCAUUUCGAUCUUGAUAACCUCUCUUUAUGGUGGAAUUUUGGAGUUCCUUUUUGUAGUUGAAAGCAUUGAUGAUCCAGCUUACCAUGCUAUAUCUAGUUUAAUCUCAGAAUUCAAGAAAGCUUAUCAAACAAGCACAAAACGUGUAGCCCUCCCUUCUCUUGUCACACUUAAGUUUCACCCUCUACUUGCAAAUUCAGUUUCCUUGAUAUGUAAAGAUUGUGUGGCUGGUCUCUCAACAACAUGGAGUCAGAAAAUUCAUAAUCAGUUAUUUGGUGCUGAGAAAAUGCAUAAGGGCAGCAAGUAUGUGUUAUUUCUGGAUGAUGAUGUUAGACUGCAUCUUGGAUCAGUUGGAGCUCUAACUGCAGAAAUGGAGAAAAUUCCUGAGAUAUUUAUUCAAACUGGAUAUCCUCUUGAUCUGCCUUUUGGAAGCUUGGGAAGCUAUUGCAUUUAUGAAUAUGACAUGCCUUGCUCAAUGGGAUUUGCAACUAGUGGGAAGACAUUUUUCCUAUGGAGUGGCUAUAUAAUGAUGCAUGCAGAUGAUUUUAGAAAAGAUUCACAUGGUGUUGUUAGUGGACUGAGAGAUGGUGGAUAUUUUGAUGACAUGACUCUUGCUGCAAUAGCUAGUAAUUUCUUGCUUCAUACGCAUGACUUGAAAAUGCAUUUAUUUUUUCAUGCUGUAAGUGAAAUAAGCAAAAAAUAAUAGUAAUAAAAUAAAAAAGGCUUCACUGAUGAACUCAAUUCUUCCAUCUAAUACUCAUGCAUAUGAUGAUUGCACGCAUCAAAUCUGUACAUAUGGUCCUAACUGUGCAUGAACUGCAUAUGGCAGAUUAGAUAUGAUCAAGUAACCAUUUUUUCCAUG